CGGCAUAGCGUAUAAGUACCUACUUAAGGCGUGUCAAGUUGCAACGUAAACAAAGUUACAGUUUAUAUUUCGGAUGUAAUAAAUUAUAGGUAUUGUUUAUUUAUUUCAUUGUUCAUUAUGUGAACACGCGCACUGUGUAUCCGUCUUAUUAAGGAACAAUAUACUUUCAGUCGUCAUCGGUCUUUCAUUUGGUCUACACCUCAGAUCACACACUACCACCCUCCAAAUUGGUGUACCCGACGUGAUUAUUUUUCCGUAGUUGUGAUAGUGUAAACAGUGCGCAAAAUGGCUAAAAGUACAGUAGAGUCAUCAGUGGAUCUCGCAGCAAUUACACUUACAUCGAAGAUCCCCGAAUUUUGGGUCGAUUCGCCCCGCGUUUGGUUUUACCGAAUAGAGGCCAUGCUGGCACCGCAAAAGUUAUCGGACGACUCGCGUUUCGACAUUGUCGUGUCGAAAUUAACCAAGGAGGCCAUCCAGCAAGUCACAGACCUUCUAAUGGAUCCACCCGAAGGUAAAAAGUUUGAAUCGCUAAAGACACGACUUCUCUCUAUUUACGAGGAAUCUAAAAACAGACAACUACAAAAGUUGAUAAGCGAGAUGGACCUGGGAGACCAAAAACCUUCGCAACUUUUGCGUCGCAUGCGAGAGUUGGCGAAAGAAAAGAUUCCCGACGACACCUUAAGAAUGCUGUGGCAAGGUCAUCUACCUUCUCCGUUACGUGCAGUCUUAGCGGCCACGGAAUUAAAAGAUCUAGAUAGCUUGGCCGUCCUUGCAGACAAUGUAUUUGAGACCACGCGCGCAACACACGUAAGCGAAGUGAGCCAACAGCAGCCAAGCACGUCCAAGGAAACAGACCUCAUCAUGGCUGAAAUAGCCAAACUCACUUUGAAGGUGGAGCAACUAGAAAGAUAAACGCUAGAUCGAGACCGCAGCAACGGAAUUGGAAUCGUUCGAGAUCAGCUUCCAGAACCGGUAGCCGAGCACGAUCUGCGUCACGAAGAACUCCUGAGAGCCCUGACUGGUUGUGUUUCUAUCAUUAUCGGUUCAGAACAAAGGCAAAGAAAUGCAAUGAGCCUUGUUCCUGGAAAUCGUCCCCGGAAAACUAGCUCAGGUACCAACUGCGGCGGAGGUUUGUACCAUCGUACCUAGUCACCGCCUCCGAGUCACGGAUCGCAACAGUGGCUUAUGUUUUUUAGUGGACACCGGUGCUGACAUUUCAGUGCUACCUAGUAAGUUAGUGUUAAAAAACAAUAAAAAUAGUGAGUGUCAAGACUAUUACCUAUUUGCCGCCAACGGAACUAAAAUAAAGACUUAUGGUGUCAAAAGUUUAGUGUUAGAUUUAGGUUUACGUCGCGCAUUACGGUGGACAUUUGUGAUAGCCGAAGUGAAUGCGCCUAUAUUAGGUGCCGAUUUUUUAGCGAACUUUAAGCUUUUAGUGGAUAUAAGUGCCCGUAGAUUAAUUGACGAAGUCACAAACUUAAAAGUUUUAGCUUCCGUUGUAAGCAGUAAUGAGUCGUCGAUCAAAACCGUUGAUAUAAGUCACCCUUAUCAUGAUCUGCUCGCUGAGUUCCCGGAUAUAACUAAACCUGUUUCGUUUAAAGAGCCACCGAAACAUUCUGUAUUGUAUUACAUAGAAAUCAGCGGCCCGCCGGUAUACGCACGAUGCAGACCGCUGCCGCCUCAUCGCUACGCUAAGGUAAGAGAAGAAUUUAGGUUAAUGCAGGAAUUAGGAAUUUGCAGACCGUCAAAAAGUGCAUGGGCUAGUCCUUUACAUAUUGUUAGUAAAAAAAAUGGUCAGUUACGUCCUUGUGGUGACUAUAGAGCGCUUAACGCAAUUACAAAGGCCGAUCGCUAUCCUAUCCCGCGAAUACAUGAUUUUACAUACUCGCUAGCUAACGCAAAAAUAUUUUCACGUGUUGAUAUUUGUCGUGCAUAUCAUUUUAUAUCGGUUAAUCCUGCCGAUGUGGAAAAGACGGCAAUUAUCACACCUUUCGGUUUAUUUGAGUUUCCCCGAAUGACAUUUGGACUUAAGAACGCAGCGCAAACUUUCCAGCGGUUUAUGAACCACACAGUCCUAUCUGGUUUAGAUUACAUUUACUGCUACAUCGAUGACGUCGCAAUAUUUAGUAAAAAUAAAAUCGAACAUGAGCAGCAUUUACGAGAAGUUUUUAGUCGUUUAAGUAAAUUUGGCUUAACAAUUAAUCUCGAAAAAUGUGAAUUUGGUAAAUCAAAAAUCGAGUUUUUAGGUUACGAAGUUUCCACGGAAGGCAUUCGACCUCUACAAGAAAAAAUGGAUGCUAUAAAUAAUUUUCCUAAACCAACAACUGUCGAACAGCUCAGACGAUUUUUAGGAAUGGUAAAUUUCUAUCGUUUACAUUUACCUAACGCGGUAGAAUAUCAAAGUCAUUUAAACCAGUAUCUAGUAAAAUCAAAGAAAAAAGAUAAAACUAAAAUAGAAUGGACCGAAAGUGCAAACGAGGCAUUCUUACGAUGUAAAGCUGCGCUACAAAGCGCAGUGACGUUAUCGUAUCCACAACCUGAUACUCCUUUAGCACUCAUGACUGACGCGUCGAACACUUACGUAGGAGCCGUUCUUCAACAAUUUAUAAACAAUAAAUGGAUACCUUUAGGUUAUUUUUCAAAGAAGAUGUCAAAUCCGCAAACUAAAUAUAGUACUUUCGAUAGAGAACUUUUAGCAAUUUAUUUAGCCAUAAAAUAUUUUCAAAACAUGGUAGAAGGAAGACAUUUGAUUAUUUAUACGGACCAUAAACCAUUAACGUUUAUGUUCAAAAAAUCCAAUUCUGAUAAUGAAUUACCGCGUCGCGUUAGACAAAUUCUCUAUAUAAGCGAAUUCUCUACCGACAUAAGACAUAUAGAUGGCGACAAGAACGUCGUAGCCGACACAUUAUCACGGGUUGAAACAAUAACAUGCGCUACAGUAUUAGAUUACGCCGCGAUUGCCCAAGCUCAAGUAGACGAUACGAACUUAAAGUUAUUGCGUAAUCAAUGUAACGAUAACAAACGUAAUUUAAUUUUCAAAGACAUAGCGAUACCGACAAGCCACCUUCCGGUAACGUGUGAAACAUCAACAAAUAAGAUUCGCCCGUAUAUACCGCUAAGCUUUAGGAAACAAGCGUUCGAAUCAGUUCAUAACUUAAGUCAUCCAGGAAUCCGUACUUCGCGAAAAUUAGUCAAGGAAAGAUUUUUCUAGGAAGGAAUGAAUAGUGACAUAGGUAAAUGGACAAAAAGUUGCAUUAAAUGUCAGCGUGCAAAAGUAUCCAGACAUGUAAAAACUGAAUUAGGACAUUUUUCACUAGCAGAGCGAUUUUCCCAUAUCCAUGUCGAUAUAGUAGGCCCUUUACCUACCUCCAUACAGGAUUAUAGAUAUUUAGUCACAAUAAUAGAUCGCCAAACGGGUUGGCCCGAAGCUUAUCCUACAAAGGAUAUCACAGCAGAGACUGUAGCCAAAGUAAUAUUCGAAGGAUGGAUUGCACGUUUUGGAUGCCCUGUUAAGCUGACAAGCGACCAGGGUAGACAAUUCGAAAGCAGUGUUUUUAAAGAACUUAUGCGAUAUUUAGGCAUCGAUAAGAAAAGAACAACGCCUUACCAUCCUCAGUCGAACGGGAUGAUCGAGCGUUGGCACCGUUCUUUAAAAGCAGCUCUAAUGGCUAGGUUAAAUUCAACGACUUGGGUAGACGAGCUACCAAUGGUUUUACUCGGCUUACGUGCUGCCAAUCGUGAUGAUACAGGUGUUAGUGCUGCAGAGUUAACUUACGCAACACCUUUACGUUUACCUGGCGAUUUCUAUAACGAUACAGACACUAAAAUUUUAGAUAAUUGCCAAUAUGUACAGAAAUUACAAAAUAUCAUUAAAAACUUAAAACCGAAGCCGAUGCGACAUAAGGACGCCCGCACAUUAUUUGUAUACCCGGAUUUAGACAAGUGCACGCAUGUGUUUGUACGAUCUGACAGAGUAAGGAGACCUCUAGAACCUCCUUACGAUGGUCCCUUUAGAGUGAUAGGUAGAAAAGAUAAGACUUAUUUAAUAGAUUUCUCUGGCCGUACGGCAUACAUAUCCAUUGAUCGACUCAAACCUGCUUACAUGUGUAAAGAAUCGACAAGUAACAUAGUUAGUAAUAAAAAUAAGUUAGAUAAUAAGAAUAUAGAUAUAAGUACAGGUCCGGCAACAGCGAUUAGCGAUAAUCGUUCCGCGCUCGCUAAUGAAUCUGCGCCUUUGCUUACAACGCGCAGCGGCCGAGUCAGUAAAAAACCUGUACGUUUUAAUUUUUAAGUAAACAUAUUAUAGUAAUAAGUUAAUGUUAUUUGUAUUUCCUGUCUAAUUUAGAGUUAAGAUUUAUUAGUGAUUUAAGUGUAUUUGUAUAAACCUAUUAAAUUUCGAACCAUUGUUAAUUGUUAAACUAGAGUGUACUUGAUAAUAAAUAUACCUAUUGUUGGUUUGUUAGUUUUAGCUAUAAUAUUGUUUUAAGUGAUUGUUAAAUCAAUACCCCGCUUUGUUUUGUUAAAGUGUUUCUUUUAAAAAGGGGGGGAGUAGUGUAGCGGCAUAGCGUAUAAGUACCUACUUAAGGCGUGUCAAGUUGCAACGUAAACAAAGUUACAGUUUAUAUUUCGGAUGUAAUAAAUUAUAGGUAUUGUUUAUUUAUUUCAUUGUUCAUUAUGUGAACACGCGCACUGUGUAUCCGUCUUAUUAAGGAACAAUAUACUUUCAGUCGUCA